AUGUCAAACUUAAGAGGGACAAAUAGUGUUUUACUGCAUGGAGUCAUACCAACAAUCAAACUAAAAAAUAUAAGUGGAAGCAGGAAAUACCCGCUCCCUGCUCCUGACUGCUGGCGCGAAAAUGAAAGUAGACAAGACAUCGGUGGCAUGGAAUAUCUUGAUAUAAAUCCACGAAUUAUCACAGGAAUCAAGAGAGCUGGUCUGAAAACAUUUGAAUCCAUACUGAGUUUAUCAACACCAGAUAUUGAAAGAUCUACAAAUCUGAGCUCCAGUGAUGUCCUUAUCUUGAAGACAGCAGUAGCACAGGCAGUCCCUAAACUUCCAGUUGUCUCAGCGUUAGACAUUCUGCACCGAGACUGUCCAGAGACUCUUGUAGUAUCCAAACUAACCACAGGAUGUGAGAUCAUAGACAAAGCACUGAGGGGUGGAAUUCUUUCCCAAGGAAUUACAGAAAUAGCUGGGGAAAGUGCCAGUGGGAAAACUCAGCUAUGUCUCCAAAUUUGUCUGACGGUCCAGCUUCCAUUGAACCUCGGGGGACUCAAUGGUGGAGCUGCCUAUAUAUGUACGGAGGAUAUUUUCCCCAAUAAAAGACUUCAUCAAAUGAUUCAGUUCUUCAGUAGAAAAACGUCUCUUAAACUGCCAAGUCCAGUCAACUUUGGAGACCAGAUAUUUAUAGAACAUGUAUCUGACAUAGAAGAUUUAACACAAUGUGUCAAGAGAAAACUGCCAGCUCUGUUGAGUAAAGGAAAAAUCAAGCUUGUCGUUGUUGACUCAGUGGCUGCACUAUUUCGCUGCGAGUUUGAGGCUUGGGAGAUGGUGAAGCGGUCCAAAUAUCUCACAUCACUUGCUGCUAAUCUUCACCAGCUUAGUCAUCAGUAUGGUGUCCCUAUUGUUUGUGUAAACCAGGUGACGGACUCUAUGAAGACGGAGGACACUAGAAAACAUGUCCCAGCUCUCGGCCUGACCUGGGCAAACCAAGUGACUUGUCGUGUAAUGUUAUCUAGAACUCAACAUCAAAUAUCUGUCCCGCGGCAGACUGUGAAUGACUCAGUGAUAGGAGGUUUUCAGACGACUGUCAGACAUUUUGAAGUUAUAUAUGCUCCACAUUUACCCAUGUUGAAAGUUUCAUUUAUUGUUGACCAAGAGGGCAUUAAAGCAUUAACAUAA